UCAAAACAACAUGGCGACGUCCAAGUGACUUGUGCAGUGAUGGUUACUAGUGCGGUUUCUUCUUGUGCGGAAAAAAACACAGCGCAUGGGUUUCGGCUCGUUUAGAAACGCAACAGAGUCUUGGAAUUCUUCGGCGUCAAAGUAGUCCAGGAUGACGGACGUUAGGGUUUCGCUACGGAAGAUCGAGUUUCCAACCGUUGUCUACGAAGCGCUCCGGCAGAUUCAAAAGCUGCUGGCCAACGAGGGCCGCAGUCCGACGUACGCUCACGUCGCCAAGGAGAUCGCCGAGGAGUUCGUUUUCCAAGACUACGAUCAGCGCCGAAUGACGUCCCAAGGGCACUCCUCCGCGGCGCAGCAGAUGCGCCGGCCGCGAACGCGCAAGCUGCCUGCGAUCCGCGAGCUGCAGAUCAUCGAGAUCAUAGCGAGCAGCUUUCAGAACGCCAAGUCGGAUAUGUGCCAGAAGGUCUUCUUCAUCCUAUUCCCCUCGGCCGACCCGAGUGUCAUGGACGUGCGUGUCCCGCUCCUCUCGCGCCUCGUCUCCCUCUCGAUCGCGCUCAAGAACCACAACGUCCUCAACUGCGUCGGCUUCUGGAUGCACGUCUGCGGCUGCACCUCGGAGCCGUCGCUUCACAUCGUGCGCCACGUCGUGGGCGACUACCUCAGCCUCAUCCCGAGUUCGGCCGAGAUGCUCAAGGAGCUGGCCAACAUCUCGCCCCUGUUCUGCGCCAGCCUGGCCACGUCGUUGACGCACAUGACGCCGACGAACCCGUCGCGCGACGUCGUCGACCUGCUCGCUUCCUGGGUGCGCGCGCAGCCCCUGCUCUGCUUCACGCCCAUGGAGGCCAUCCCUCCGCAGCUCUACACGCAGUGCCUGCAGACUUUCAUCCCCGGUCUGGUCGCGUGGUGCGUGCUGGCGCCGCUGAGCAAGACGGACGCGCGGACGAUCGCAGACGACGCCGAGCUCUACUCGUACCUCCACUACGCGCUGCUCGAGAUGCUGAUUCGCGCGGGCCAGGUGACGCCGCGCGCUCCGAUCGUGUUUCCGUUCCUGCCGAGCCACUACGUCGUUCAGGUGGUCGAGACGCUGAAGCGAGGCCUAGCCACGGCCUCGCCUCAGGGUGCCGAACUGGCCUUGAACAGGCUCGGCCAGGUGCUGCAGGCAGCGUUCGCGUCCAAGUGCGUGCACGGUAACCUGGACGCCAUGUUUCAGACGCUGCGCCAGCUGCCGUCAAACAGGCUUCUGAAGAUUGUGCUCGCCCGUUGGGACGUGAAAAAAUACUGAACGCUUCUCAUUUCGUCUGUGUCGAGUGAACUACUUAUUUAAGCGUAUGCUAAGGUGUUCUUUGUGGAAAUGCAGUCUGACCUGCCCAUUUCUUUUUGAAGCCACAAAAACUUGCCGGUAUUCCUAUGGCUGUGCCGUGGCUGUCUUGCGUGGUGUUCAUCAUGAAAUACUGUUUGUCAUCUCAUGCAAUGCAGUACACAACGUUUUCUCAGCUAGAAGCAAUUCGCAGAUACUAUACCCCAGUCACACAAGGGCACUUUCGACCACGAUUGAUUGUGGUAGGGAUCGAGUGUCUCGAUUUGGAUUCGCUGUCUUCUGCAGCUGGCACAAAGGGCCAAUCGCUUUUGAAAUGGCUUUGUGUGAAUCGGGCAUAAGAUUCGUGACAGUUGCUGGCGCUAACCUGCUGGCACUUUCGGUCAUGGUGCAAUGCAAAGACUCCUCGGUUCUGUGAUUUGGUUGCCAUUAAAGAAAAGGAAACUUGUGGUGCAGGCUAACAUCAAGCACUUUCAUU